CACACACUGGGACACCACCAGCAGCAAUGCAGAACUUCCCAGCUCAUAGAUAAGGGUCAGAGCAGGAGAUAGUGAGAGAGCAAGAGAGAGAGAGAGAGAAAGAGAGAGAGAGGAAAAUACACAAGAAAAGAAGAAAAGAGAUGCCACAGUAGAGCUCAGUGAAGUCACCCUUCAAGCCAAACUCUUCAGACAUCAAACAAACAUCAAAAGGUGUACGAAGGAAUAAAUACGCCAAGAUCUGGACCACCAGGAGCACUGCACCGCUGUGACCAUCAGCGUCCAGCAACUCUAGGCAACACAGAGCAGGAAACCAACACCAGCAUUCAACUUUCACCAAGCUUAUUUUCUUGCAAGAACCUUCAGGAACCAUCUGGAUCUGCAAGGGCAUUCAGGGAUCUUUUUUUUUUUGCGACACAGGCUUGGGAUUAGUCAAUUUCUUUCUGUAUCUACUGGAUCUACCAAGAUUUUUUUCUUCUUGUGUAAGACCUCCUGCACAUUGGAAAGCGCCUACAGCUGAUACAAGCUACCCCACACCCCUUUUUGCCCCUCUAACCAUGGCAGCCACUGGGGUUUGGAAACAUGGGUUUGUCAUCGCCACCUUGUCUUUUCUACCCUUUCUCCUGCUUCUCUUGGUGCCUCUUUCCCCGGGAGACUCCAGCCCUAUCAGCUCCCCGGAGAGACACCGUCCUGCCCCGGGGCUAGAGGACGGGCGUGGAGGGUUUGUGGACCCUUCCUUUCUGGAGCAGGACAGUGAGGUGGACUUGCAGAGCUUGCUGGAGAAUCUCAAAGGGCAGUUCCUCAGAACCUUCAACCUGACGGGCCGUGGGCCACCUAUGCAGCCUGGUGCACCACGAGUGGAACCACCAGAGUACAUGCUGGAGCUGUACAACCGAUUUGCCAACGAUCGCACUGCCAUGCCGUCUGCCAACAUUGUGCGCAGCUUCAAGACCGAAGACUCCUCCCUGAGCAACGUUGGAAGCGAUGGCGUAAGGCGUCACCCUCUCCUCUUCAACGUUUCAAUCCCGCAUCACGAACGAGUAAUGGCGGGAGAGUUACGCCUCUACACCCUCGUCCAAGCUGACCGCCACCUGUACGCUGGCGUUGACCGCAAGGUCACCAUUUACGAGGUGGUACAGCGGGCCAUAAACAGUAGUCAGCCCAGACGAGGAGACGUUUUUGAAGAAGGAGGAGAAAAAGAAGAAGAGACGCAGUUUGUGGAGUUGGCCUCUCGGCAGGUGUACGGUAUGGACAAUGGCUGGGAGUCGUUCGACAUGACUUCCGCCAUCCAUCACUGGCACAAGUCUGACUCCAGCACGACCCACAGACUGGAGGUCCAUAUCGCAAGUAUAAACACACAGAACAUGGCUGAGCAAAAUGAGUCCGAGGUCGGAGGCUCUUCUACGGGAGGGAAAAUGGAAAUCGACACCAGCCCGGAAGAGAAGCACAAACCUCUGAUGAUCGUUUUCUCCAACGACCAGAGCGGCGACCACAGAGGCGACAAACAGGAGCUGAGCGAAAUGAUCAAGCACGAAACGCCUGGCCCCGGACUCAACGAUAACCUGGAGCUGGAGUUCACAGACCUCUUGGAGGAGCUGGGGACUGUGGGACACGGAGGACAGGACAAAGAGGAGGAACCGGAUGAGGAAGCUCUCCUCCAGAUGCGAUCCAACCUCAUCUAUGAUACAGCGUCCAGGAUUAGAAGGAAUGCAAAGGGCAACCAGUGCAAGAAGAGCUCCCUCUACGUUGACUUUAAAGACAUCGGCUGGGACUCUUGGAUCUUAGAACCUCAAGGAUACGAGGCUUACGAAUGCACUGGGAUCUGUUCUUACCCCCUGACCAAGCACGUCACUCCAACUAAGCAUGCCAUCGUGCAGACUUUGGUCAGCAUCAAAAGUCCAGACAAGGUCGCCAGAGCUUGCUGUGUCCCCACAAAGCUUGAUCCCAUCUCGCUGCUGUACCUGGACGAUGCAGGGGUGGUCACCUACCAGUAUAAGUUUGAGGGAAUGGUGGUGGCAGAGUGUGGUUGCAGAUAGUCCUCAUUGGGCCUAAGGGCUUGAGGUCUUGACUUUGGAUUGGAGUGGUUCUUGGCCAAAGAUACUGAGAAAAGAGGGACCUUUGUAUGUCUUAGUUUCAGAGGAGAAAAGACUUUUAUGAAACUGUGAACCAGGAGGAAGUAGUUCAGGACCAAGCAGACCAAGGCCAAGAUCAACACAGAAGAAGGAUGGCUCCUUUGCGAACUCAAAUUCCUACGUGGAAUCUAGAAUUACUGAACGGACAAGGUGUUGGGAAACUUUCAGCAUUGUGAUAUGACUGCAUUGUGGCGUAACUGUGGACUUGGCGCUUAUUAUAAAAUUAUAAGAGAGUUAUAUUAAAACCUUACGUUCAUUUCAGGAACAGAAAAAGGGAACGCGAAGAGCGAAAGACAUUAAGACUUAAAAUUUGUAUAAGUCAUGAUGGCUCUGACUAAUCUCUGCGUAGGAAGUUCUAAAUUGAGGAGAACUUGCAGAACAUCCCCCUUGAUGAAGUGCAAUAACUUAUCACAAAUCAUCAAAAAAAAAAAAAUCAUAGUCAGAAUGUAUAGAAAAGCAGAUAAAAACAGAUAAGAAGAGCAUCUUUUGGAAUUACUUUUCCAAACCAAUUCGCCUAUUGGCCAAUUUCUUUAACCAGUUGCAACAACCACGUUGGACUGCUGGUUCUUUCAAUUUUCAACAUUUCAAAAUCAACAAAGCUCUAAACUGUGGGCGGGCUCUAAACCCACCCAAGAGGGCCAACGAACUCCAAACACUCUAGGGUCAUCCUAAUGACCCUGGCAGAGGCAAGAUGCCUGCAAAACCGCCUAGAUCCAGUCUCCUCAGAGGCCUAUCUGCAUCCCCCCUCUGCCCUGUGUCAAUACGCCGUUUCCUGCUCGGCUGAAUGCAUUUGAUAUGGACCAUCCCAGGCAGAGCAGCUUUGUUAUCUGGGAAGUCUUCUCUCGAAAGGAAAUGUGUGAAACUAAGCAGAAUGAUUUGGAGUGAGAUGUACUCUCUGAGGUCCAUGAGAACAGAAAUCUCUAAAGCUCAAAGCUACAAACUCCAACGAGUUUUCCUUUCCUAGUGCAUGUUUUGCUUCAUGUAGACACUAUUUAUAUUGCCAAAAAAUAUAAUGAGGACCAGGUACUGUACUGGAGUCCUUCUAUUGCAGGUUUUGACCAGAUCUAUAAUCUAUUUGGCUUUCUUUUCUUUGCCCCAUGCUUGACCUCGUUUUUGAUCUCUCACCCUGGAAUUCAAAGAGAAAGUAGCACUUCUGAUAGCUGAGAUACUAUCAGGUCAAAAUAAAGAGCAGAUGUAGGGAAACCGUACGGUCUUUCCAGUGUCCAAACUGGCGGUUGGGAGUAGAUGUGUGUUGGGAAUAGAUGUGGUUGAUGUGGUGGAUGUGGGGUGCAGGGGGUUAUCUAGGCUCUUUGCCUUGCAUGGCGUGUGAGCUGAGCUCCCAGUCCUUAAUCGGUCUGAGAUAAGAAGGUGUUGGGGCUGAGAAACAUGCGACUGGCCAUUCCAAGCAACUGCGGAGGUGGGAACGAAGGCUGUCAAGAUUCUGAACUUCUGAAGUCCCAGAGAAAGAAUGAAGUCAUCAUUUGCAGAGACAGACGCAGACAUCUUCCUCUCAAUGGUUUGAUUUUUUAGCUUCUUCUUCUUUUUCUUCUUCUUUCUCAGACCGAGAGAAUAGAGGAAAAAGUAUGACCUCAACUUUUAAGAAGCUUCUGGACAAUAUACAGUGCUCCAGAUUACAACAAGGACAUUCAAUUUGAUUGUUGACUCAUUUAUGCAAUAAAAAAAAAAUCUGUAAAGUGCCUAAUAAAGCAAUUGGGUCAACUUUAGCAUUUUGCGUAAGGGACGUGUGGUGGAAGAAGUGGUGGCUAGUGUAGUGGUGGCAUCAAAUAAGUACUGAGACACCUUCUCGUUCCUUGGUUCUUUCCAAAGUAAGUAUUUUAAAAAGGUAUUACAAAAGAGUGUUUCCUCCUCAAAAGCAUUGCUUGGAACAUUGCAUUCAGCCACUAGUUAGCCACAAAUUUUAAGUUAUUUCAGAAAAGGUCAUGAUAUUGGAUGAUCACCACACCAACUUAUCUCAUCCAAAAGUAUUGCAUGGAGAUGGUGUUCCAGAGAUGUUCCAGAGAACAUUAAAGGGGAUUUAUACCAACUGAUUCACGUUACCAGUUUCAGAAAGUCCUAUUCAAUUGGCAAUAAGUCUCUACAGCUGUUUGUGCAAAGUGAAUUUGCAAUGGAUGCCAACUAAAGUUUGGACAUACAGUUUUGCAUCGCAUCCUUUGCUAAACUGACUCUUCUGUGGACAUUUUUUCGGAUUGCCUUUUCUUUUCUUUUCUUAUUGAUGACAAACUGACUUUUUCGGACUAGGACUCUAACAGGGACCUUAUUGGACCUUAUCGGACCUAUCGAUAAAGUGUAACUGCUAAAAACUGACAAGACUGAGGUUCCUUCAAACCUGUCCACAUCAUGAAGCUCCUGAAAUAUGGUUUUUGUACUGCUGCUUUAAGACAAAUGCCUAUUUAUUGACUAAUUUAUUAAUUUUAUUGUGUAUUUUAAGUCAUUUUGUAUAGCAGUAUAUGUAAAUAGAUACACUACAGACACAGAUGACACAGAUGACGGUUUAUACGGUUUAUAGAGCUCUUCUGUUGUUGUGCCUCACUAAUGCCUGUACAAUGCUCGAGUCAAGAAACUGCCUGAGCAGCUUUGAUAAACUGCAUUUGAGCAGAUGCGGGGAUUUGGGAUGCUGUGCAGAUCUUUCAAAAAAAUCACCCCCCUCUAAAAAACAGCAGAUAUAUUUAGACGCAGGACCCUUUAUUUAAACACAGCAUGGCGGAGCAGCAAUUCAUCACUUUUAACUUUCCAUUCAGAGCCACUGAGUGUUAUCUGCGCCGGGGCCAAAAGUGUUAGAAACCUCUGAACUCAUGGGAAACUGAGUGAAAAAGUGAAAACGCUAAAAGCUAAUGACCACAUCCAGCGAUCUGCUCAAAUACACAAAGUCCUGCGGUCUCCUGUUGCUGCUCUCGUGACGUUUUUUUUUUUCCUCUGCUUUAAAGAAAUAUUCACUCUUCUGUGGAUUUUGGGACUUAUUGAUGUUGAAACAGUGAUGUAUUUGUAUUGUAUCUCCUGUCAUGAAUGUAAAUAAACUGUAAAAAGACUGUGAAAGAAAAUGCCGUCUAGUGUCUUAGUCUACGAAUAGUAAUACUAUUUAUUAAUAUAUCCUAAUACUUAAAUGUUUAAAAGAUAAUAUUUGGGUUUAUGUAUAAUGGACUCAUUUUACAUCUCAGAAUGCAAUCACCAGAAUUAAUUAUUUAGCCAUGCAAAUAUUAACUUUCUUUUUAAACAGAUUUGUUAGGAUUAAAAUAAAAUAAGUUUUAUUACUUUCUUUAGGGUUCAGACCUGUACCCGUUACAUU